UCAACAUGGAGGACGAUCCAGAAGCUGAGUUUAGGAAAGUCGUCGUUCCCGGCACAUUUCCCAUUAAAAUAACGAAAUGGAAAGUCAGGAAGGGGACUACUAUUUCAAAGGGUGUGGUGCUUGCAUUGUACGAUGUGCUGAAUCCGCAGUCAUUGCAGAAAAAUGUGAAAUUAAAGUCAACCGGCGGCGGUAUUGUUCAGUCCGUGGAAGUUGAAGAGGAAAAAGAAGUAAACCCUGGGUCCUUGUUGCUGAUAUUUGGCAACUCAACUGUGGAGCCAUGCAGCCAUCCCACCGUUAUGAAGGACAUGUGCGCCAUGUGUGGAGCUGACUUGAGGAGUGAACUGGGCAUGGCAGGUGAAAGAAAGGAAACAGUGGCAGCUUCAGUGGCAAUGGUGCACAGCAUACCUGAACUCAUUAUUAGCGAACAGCAAGCCUUGGAACUAGGCCAGGAGGAUGAGAACCGUCUCCUGAAGACCCGCAAACUGGUUCUUCUGGUGGACCUUGAUCAAACUCUUAUACACACCACCAAUGAUAACAUUCCAGCCAACCUCAAGGGUGUCAGUCACUUCCAACUAUGGCAUGGACGAAACUUGCUGUGGUAUCACACACGGUUCCGGCCACACACCAGGGAGUUCCUGGAGAAGAUUUCAAAGAUGUAUGAGCUCCACAUCUGCACCUUUGGUGUGAGAAUGUAUGCACACACCAUCGCCCGCCUCCUCGACCCGGAUGAGAGGUUCUUCUCCCACCGAAUACUUUCAAGGGACGAGUGUUUUAAUGCUAUGUCCAAAACUGCUAAUCUCAAAGCACUGUUUCCCUGUGGGGAUUCCAUGGUGUGCAUCAUCGAUGAUCGGGAAGAUGUCUGGAACUUCUCACCAAACCUCAUACAUGUAAAGCCUUACAGAUUUUUCCAAGGAACUGCUGAUAUUAAUGCACCACAAGGACUUACAAAGACUGAGAAUGAUGGCAUUCCUAUAACCCACCGAGUACGGAGGGCCUCCGAUUCUCAGGAUGAACAAAAGGCAAAGACUGAAACUGCAGGGGAUAAAAGUGCUGAAGUUGAUAUGAAAGAGGUGACUGACAAUGAGACCAGCAGUGCGAUACAGGUUAAUGGAACUGUCCAGGAGCCUCACGCAGAAGGUAAAUCUGACACUAAUGACAAUACGCACAAGGUAGUGUGUCAGGAUGAAAGCAACGAACAGAAAGGCCCUGAAUCUUUGACAUCAGCUGUAAUGGACUCCAAAGAAAACACACAAUCACUAAUUAAAGAAGCCAGUACAGAAGCCAGUACUGACUCUAAUGUAAAACCCCCAGUAUCAGUCAGUGAUGAUCCUACAGAUUCCACAGUAAAGCCCAUGUCACUCAGUGAUGAGGCAGCUGAUCCAAAGAUCAAAUCUGAAGUACCUAAUGAUGACUCGGCUGACUCCACAAUUCCUUCCAAAGUACCAAAUGAUGAAUCGGCCGACUCCACGAUACCUCCCAAAGCACCAAAUGAUGAAUCAGCUGACCCAAUGACACCUGCUAUAGUACCAAAUGAUGAAUCGGCUGACCCAACGAUACCCCCUAAAGUACCUGGUGACGAUGCAACCAGAAAACCAGAUUCACAAUCUGGAUGUCAAAAUGCCUUGACUGAUAAUACAGAAAUUGGCAAGGAGAGCCCUGGAGAUGGACUCUCUGAUUCUGGGGAUACAAAGUCAGGUCACAAGGAAUAUACAAAGAGAGUAAAGAGUGUCGGCUUUAAGGUUGAUGAUGAUGAAGAGAUCGAGUGGGACGAUGAGGAUGACUACCUGUAUCAUCUGGAGGAGGUCCUCACCAGAAUACACACAGCUUUCUAUGACUUAUAUGACCAAACUAUUAAGAAUAAAGUGUCCGAUUCCAAACUUCCAAAUCUGAAAGAUAUCAUUCCUUAUGUUAAACGGAAGGUGCUUAAAGGUUGCAGCAUUGUGUUUAGUGGUGUUGUGCCUCUUAAUAUGCAGCCCGAGAGGAGUCGUGCGUAUGUUGUUGCUCGUGCUUUGGGAGCAAACAUUCAGAGUUCAAUUGUUGCCAGAAACGGAGAUAAGAAACCUGAAGGAACAACUCAUUUAGUGGCAGCAAAGCCAGGAACAGCAAAGGUGAAUGCAGCUUAUAAGGUGAAAGGUGUGAAAAUUGUGAAUGUGAACUGGUUAUGGUCAUGUGCUGAACGGUGGGAGAGGGUUGAAGAGAAGCUGUUCCCACUCGAAGACCCAGCAACCUCAAUUUCUUGUCCAUGGGUUUCUCGUGAUGAUAGACAAUCUGAUCAUACUACCUCGAACCCAAAUAAGAGGAAAUCGGAAGAUGUAAAUGAAGACUUGGAGUCAUCUGAUACUCCAGAAGUGAGAACAAACAGAUCCAAGAAGGCCAGAUUAAAAGAGGUCGAAGGAGAUAAUGUGUUUGGUCCAAGUACAAGUGGUAGUGGUGCUGUGGCAGGACCUUCAACUGAAGCUGCAGGACCACGGAGGAGAGGCAACAAAGAAAACACCCCUUUUUCUUCCUCCUAUAAUCCUCUGUUAUCAUUCUCAGAUGAAGACAUUGAAUUCAUGGACAAAGAGGUGGAGGAGACUAUGGAAGAGGAUGGAAGUGACUCUGAAGAAGAGGAUGAAGAAGAUCGCGAAGAGAGGCUACGAAAGUCAGUUCUUGGAGAUGUUUCCGAUUCCAGUAGUGAGGAGAGUCUAGCAGGCGACUUCCCUCGAGGUUGGAACAUCAGGAAGCGUUCCCCAUCGGGGGACAGUGAUGAAGAGAAGAAGAAAACUCCCGUGGAUGAAGUCCCUGAGUCUGAUACAGAGUUAGAAAGUUAUGAGAAAACUGUUGAAGCAUUUUCUCCAGAAAAAGAUGUGUCAAGUGAAUCUGGAGAGUCUAUUGGAUCUGUGGAUGAUGAGAUCGCUGAUGCUGUAGAGAAGGAAUUCCUCUCCUUGUUAUAAUCAUUUCAACUCCAUCCGUCUUACACAUGCCAUCCAGCUACAGGGAGGUUGAUGCUCAAACACUUUUGUCAUUUAUAACUUCUUGACAGGACA